AUGGUCAGUCACGAUCCCUACGAGAUUCUAGGUGUUAGGAAGACUGCCACCAAGGAUGAAGUAACCAACGCUUACCGCGAACUCCUCGCCGAAUGCUAUCUAAAGGAUAUCAAGCAGUUUAAGCUGAUCGUUAGAGCGUAUCUAGUGUUGACAGGAAUGGAGGAAGAGACCCCGGCAGUUAGAACGGCUUUGCAGCCUACAAGACGUUUCAACUUGGAAGAGCGUUAAGUAAGCGAACUGAUUUGUCCAAAUCAACAUCUAGCUUUUUAUCGAAAUCAUGGGACUGGAUAGCAGGUCCACCGGACACACAAUGGAGCUGGACCGGACAAAAAUUGUCAACGCAAACAAAAGUUGACUCGUCUGUCAAUACUUUUGUAGGCUCAACUAUGGGAGCCUUAUCGAAGGCUUGGUCAUGGUCAGCAGAAUCGACAGGCACAGCUUGGAAGUGGACCGCAAGCAAGUUGUCAUCGCAAAGCGGGGAGCCAGAAGCAUCCUCGACAAUGUCUUUAUCUGUCAGCGCUAUUGCAGGCUCGACUAUGGGAGCCUUAUCAAAGGCUUGGACAUGGUCAGCUGGAUCGGCAGGCACAGCUUGGAAAUGGACCACGAGUAAGUUGUCAUCACAAAGCGGGGAACCAGAAGCAUCCUCGACAAUGUCUUCAUCUCUCAGGACUGUUGCAGGCUCAACUAUGAGAGCCUUAUCAAAGGCCUGGACAUGGACAGCGGGAUCGGCAGGCACAGCUUGGAAAUGGACCACGAGUAAGUUGUCAUCGCAAAGUGGUGACUCAGAGGCAUCCUCUUCGAUUUCUGCUUCUGUCAGCACUGUUGCCGGCUCGACUGUGGGAGCCUUAUCAAAGGCUUGGACAUGGACAGCGGGAUCGGCAGGCACAGCUUGGAAGUGGACCGCAAGCAAGUUGUCAUCGCAAAGCAGGGAACCAGAAGCUUCCUCGACAAUGUCUUCAUCUGUCAGCGCUAUUGCAGGCUCGACUAUAGGAGCCUUAUCGAGAGCUUGGACAUGGUCAGCAGGAUCGGCAAGCACAGCUUGGAAGUGGACCGCAAGCCAGUUGUCAUCGCAAAGCGGGGAAUCAGAAGCUUCCUCGACAAUGUCUUCAUCUGUCAGCGCUAUUGCAGGCUCGACUAUGGAAGCCUUAUCGAGUGCUUGGACAUGGUCAGCAGGAUCGGCAAGCACAGCCUGGAAGUGGACUGUAAGCAAGUUGUCAUCAGAGAGUGGGGCCUCAGAAUCUUCCUCAGAAAUGGCCUCAUCUGUUGGCUCUAUUGCAGGCUCGUCUAUUGGAACUCAGACGGAAGCUUGCAUAUGGGCAGCUUUUUGGAUGUUAUUUAUUAUUUUUAUUUAAAUGUAUACAUUUGGUCAAUAUAGAUAUAUUUUUUUUAUAAA